AUGGUAUACAACCGCAUGAACCAAGAUACCUCAAACCUCCUCGACAAUGUGCGCUCCGACCCAGCAACCCGUCCUCCAUUCUUCUGGCAUCACAUCAGACCAGACCGUCAGCGCUGGGCGAUCCUAGAGAUCUGGCGCAAUGCGGCGCCACUUACCCGCGCGCUAUUUGACCGUGGCGCUACUAACGGCGAAUAUGGACCGAACUGGGUGUCUGGGUGGUUGCUGUACAGUGUUUUUCGAUCUCGGGAUGUGAGGAAUAAUCGAAACCGGAGGAAGGGGGAGGUUGGGUCUUCUGCUGGUUCAGAGUCCGGUAUGCAUCUGUGCCUAAAGAGUAUUCUGGUACUGAACGAGAACUGA